UUAGCAAAGUUAAUUAUGUAAAUAUAUUUAACUGAUUCAUUAGUACUUACUUAUGUGUGUGAGCGUGUGUUUCAUAACAGGUUUAUUACUGUGGCGUUGUUAAUAAAAAAUUCACCCUGCACCUGUUUGGCUGGUUUCAAAGCAAACCUGCGUUUUUGGGCCUUUUUUUGCCCCUUUAACAUUGAGGAAAUUUUUCGCAAUUAAAUUGCGACGAAGUUUGGACCCACGAACACAACACUAUCACAACUUCAUAGUAAAAUGGGGAACAAUGUGAGUGCCAAGGCCGAUGGCGAGGGCAGCGAACCUCCGUUGGACGGUGGGAAACAUAAACACCACCAUCAACAUCACAAAUCCAGCAUACAAUCAUCGAACAGCAAUAACAAUGCCAACGAUGUUGUUGUCAGCAACAGCAAUAGCAGCGCCAGCGGCAGCGGCAGCAAUAACAGUCUCAAGGUGCAGUCACAAACGCAAACAAUGACCAGAUCAGCAUCAGGCGCAGAUGUGACAGAAAAGUACCUCACCCAGCUGGUGCCAGUGGAGCGCCUGGCUGAAAUAUUAAAGGAACAAACGAGUGCCAAGUACGGCAUCAAUGGCAUUAUGUCAGAUGUUUUUGUGUCUCAAGUGUUUCCCGAAUACACUGAUUUGGGCCAUCGACUCUUUCAACUAAUGCACCAGAACUCUAAGGCAACAACGAAGCACCUGGGCACCGUGGCCUUUCGACAGCAAUGCGAACGAUUCCUGGGCAUCAUGGACGAUGCGAAGGUGCUGGAGAGUUAUAUCAAGAUGUACGCACAGGACGAUAAUCCCGAUUUGAUAGACAAAGCAGGCGUCACACGCCUGCUGCUCAUCUGCUAUACGAUUGCCAUGCAACACUCCGGGAAUGCUGUGCUCUGCACGGCUAUAAAUAGGACGUUUGGCUCAGUGACCAAGUCGAUAUUUUUCAGCCACGAUAGCCUCAGCUUGGGCUUCGUUUGCCGUUGGUUUGAGCAGAAUUUGAUCCGUCUUGUUCUGCUGGUGCACAAAUACUGCGUCCAUACGCUCUCCACUGCAUAUCGCGGCUUGGAACAACAGUCUCAGCCGUGCGGAAUUGAGCUACAAACGCCAGUGCUGGAACAGCGGAAUCCAUUUGCAUCCAAUGAUGCAACGGAUCACAGUGCGCCUCCCCUGAACAAUGAGACGCUGAUGCCGCUAUCACAAGCAUGGCUGCUGGCGGGCGCCCUACCCCCACUGUAUUCCAAGCCACGGACGAUUGCGCCGCCCAACAGCAGCAACAACAGCAGCGCUUCGAGCGCUGUGCAGAUUUUCAAGGAUAAACUGUCAAUGAUGCCAUCACACUGGACACUACUGUACGAUUCCAACGAGCAUGGGGUGGGAGCCAAUCGCUUUUUGCACCAUGUACUCGGUUACCGCGGUCCGACGCUGGUUCUGCUUCACACCAAGGACGAACAGACAUAUUGCAUUGCGGCGCCCAAUGAGUGGAAGGAGACGCAUUUGUUUGUCGGCGGUGAGGGCAGCUGUGUGAUACAGCUGCUGCCCAAAUUUGUGAUACUAGAAAAGAAGCCCAACAUUUUGUACCUUAACACCAGCAUACGCGGCUAUCCCAAGGGCUUGCGAGCAGGCGCUGAUCCGCGCAAGCCCAUUAUAUCGGUUGACGAACAUUUCGAGAAAGUAGACUGCAAGGGCAUUGCGGCGGGCCUUAUGUCCAUUGAGGUUUGGGGCUGCGGCGAUAAAUCAUCACGCGAAGUGCAAUUGGAUAUUAAGAAAUGGCAAAUCAAGGAGGCGGAACGUCAGCGCACAGUUAAAUUAACAGCCGCCGAUUGGAUGGAUCAUCCGGAUCGAUACCUUCUCGAGCUGGGCGGCAGGCAGAACUACAACAACUAAAAGCAUCAACUGUUGAUGUUGUUGUUGAUGCGUGUAUUGAUUCGAGAGCAAUUGGUGUGUGCCUUUAAUUCGAGUACGCGAUGAAAAUUAACGAAGAAUAUUUUUAAAAACGAUGAUACUUAUUAGUCAUUCGUUCACACGCAGCGCGACAAGAGUUUGCUACCCUGGACUGAAAUUGUUUUUUGAUUUUUAUGUUGUUUAAUUAACGAAUUUUGUUUCAUGGUUUCCUAUGUUCAACGGCAAUUCAAUUGGAUUUGAUUUGAUAUAUAUUUUAACGUUA